AUGUCAUCACAUCAUCAUUAUCAAAGAAGCCAUCGUCAUUUCUGUUCAUCAAAGAGGAGUAGUUUUAUGUAUUUCAUUUAUUCAGAUAGACAUUCAUCAUCAAGUUACAGCCGUUCACCAAAAGAAAUUCGCAGCCUUAAGGAAUCUCAAUUAAGAAAUGAAUCAUCAACUCCUCACAAGUCAUCAGCCUUAGCUCCAAAGGAUCAAAUACAAAGAGAUGCCUCACUUACACCAAAACUAAAAACUGGGUAUCAUCGACAUCAGAUUAUACUUGAUGAUAUAGAUAAAGAUCAAUACAAGUUAUUUUGUGAUGAAAUAGUACAAAUUAUUAAUGGCCUUAAUGAUUCAUUGCAACUGGAUCACAUUAAAAAAUAG